UUAUGAAGGUUGGGUUGGCCAUCAAACCCGUCCAAUAUGCCUGAGUUGAACUAUAAUAUUGAGUUACUAACUAAUUACAGCUUGAGCGCUCUGAUCAAAUAGAUCGUUAGUAGCUUUAGCGUUGAUUAUGUGAAUUUUAGUUAAUUCACUCUUAGGCCCAAUGGAAGCCCAGCAGUGAAGUGUGAACCAAGACUAACGGUUCUCCGCUGCCACUUGUCGUCCCCGAAAUUCAGUUCAUAUUUUCAGAGUUCAUAUUUUCCAAUCACUCCGAAAAGAGCCUUCAUUUAGGUGUGUCACAUUUGAGGGUUGGAUUUUGCACAGAGAAGGAUGGGGAGAAUGAUAUUGAAUAAUGCAUUGAGAUCGAUAGUGAAUGCGGAGAGAAGGGGGAAAGAUACUGUGGAGUUGAAACCCAUAUCCACAGCAAUGUCAUCAUUCCUCAAAAUCAUGAAAGAUCGAGGUUAUAUCAAGGAUUUUCAAGUUUUUGAUCCGCAUAGAGUGGGGAGGAUAACAGUUCAACUACAAGGUAGGGUUAAUGAUUGUAAAGCUCUUACUUACAGGCAGGAUGUGAAGGCAAGAGAUAUUGAAGAGUACAAAAUGCAAAAACUUCCAACACGACAGUGGGGUUAUGUUGUGAUUACUACUCCCGAAGGUGUGUUGGAUCACGAAGAGGCUGUUAAGCGUAAUGUUGGGGGUCAGGUUCUUGGCUAUUUUCAUUAGAUGGGGAAGGGAGAAAUGUUCUCCAGUAUGAUGAUAUUCCGACUUCACCAACGUGAGUUUGUUGUUUUGUUUACCUCAAUAUCAAGUUAUGUGAAUCUGGUGUCAACUUAUGAUUUAGAUAAAUGGUAAAGCAGGAUCAUUCCUCUUGAAACAGCGCUCUUGUUUAUUACAAAAAUGGUAGCAGCAUUUAGUAAA